AUGGGUUCGCCGAUUUCGGGAUUCCUCGCCGAGGCGGUCCUGCAACGGCCAGAGUCGCUGGUCUUCCAACACCACAGACCAAAAUUCGGGGCCCGGUAUGUGGAUGAAACCUUCGUCGUCAUCGAACGGGAUCAGGUGCUGACAUUCCAAGAACAUCUCAACGCCGUCUUCCCGGGCAUUCAAUUUACGAUGGAGGAGGAUGAGAACAGCCAGCUGGCCUUCCUGGAUGUCCUCGUAUGCCGUAAAGAUUGUGGUGAACUAAAAACCAAAGUGUUCAGGAAAGCGACAAAUACGAUGCAAGUACUGAACUUUAACAGUAACCCCCCAAUCAGCCACAAACGCAGUUGUGUAAGGACGCUCUAUCGGCGUGUCGAAACGCACUGCAGUGAGCCGGAAGACAAAAUUGCUGAACUACAAUACCUCCGACGGGUAUUCAAAGCCAAUGGCUACUCGCGCAACUUCGUCGACCGGUGCAUACGCAAAAGGGACGAAAGGCCUAACCGCACGGACACUAAAUAUUGGCGGGCACUUCCGUAUGUCAAGAACGUUUCGGAAGCUGUCGGCCGCCUUCUCGCACCACUUGGGGUUGGAAUGGCACACAGACCGAAGGCAACCAUCAGGCGUCUGAUCAUGAAACCGAAAGACCAACUGCCACGGCUAGAAACGUCUGGAGUCGUUUAUCGGAUUUGGUGCAGUUGCGGACAAAGCAACUACGUCGGAGAAACCGGAAGACAGCUCCGAACGCGAAUGGCCGAACACGCGGCAGCGGUGCGCAGAAAUGACGCCAGCUCUCAAGUUGCGGCUCAUUCGGCGAGAUCCGGCCACACAUUGAAAUUCGAUGAGGCCGAAAUUCUCGCAAGAGGUGACAACUGA